UACCGCAAUCGGCCCUUUAAAGGAAAAUGGGAUGAGUCUGUUGAAUGGAGCGGUGGGUGAGUUCCAGCAGCGGCUACGGAGGAGGAACAAAAAGCCGAGGGGCAGCGGCGGCAGCGCUGGAGCGAAAUGAAUGAGUGAAGCGCCGCACCGAGAGGGUUAUUAUGAGAGGGUUAUGAGCGGGUUAUGAGCCGGACCGCGACGCAGGACCGGGGAGGUGUCCGUGAGCAGAGCCGGCCCGGGACAGGGACAGCACUACAAAGUCACAAGUCCAGCCUGAGUCCAGAGGCCUGAAUCCUCGCCAUGGCCGAUGUGUUGGAGAGCAGCGGCGCUGGAGCCGUGGGAGCGGCCAACGUGGACUGGCAGAAGCGCUGCAUUGCUCUGGAGAUGCAGCUGCUGAGGUUCCGGCUGCAGGCCGGGAAAAUCCGAGAGCUGCUGGCAGACAAGAUGCAGGAACUUGAGCAAAGGGUGAUGGAGGCUGACCAGAGGGCCGAGGAUGCUGAGAAACAGAUCCAUGUCAUGGAAGAAAAGCUGAAGUCUGCCAACGGGCAAACUGGUGAAUCUGAGAGCUCGUUGCACACAAAGUACCAAGACCUGACUAAUCGGGUUCUAGAAAAAGAUGCUGCAAUAAAGAGAUUAGAGGUGCAGCUGGAAAACCAGAUCUCAGUCAGAGCGCAGGAGGCAAAAAUUAUUGAGGAGAAGGCUGCAAAGAUUAAAGACUGGGUCACCUUAAAGCUUAGAGAGAUGGAGCUUGAGAACCAGCAGCUGAAGAUGGAGAACUUGAAGCAGACGGAGCAGAUCAUGCUGCUGCAAGACAAACUGCAAACUCUUUUAGAGAAAUCUACAUCCUCUGGAUCUCCUGCAGCUUCCCCUGUAAUGGAUGCUCACCUGGUGCCCACCAGCCCGCUGUUUCCUCCCAGCUGCCACGGUACGUCACCUGGCCACGAUGACAGCUGGAGACAGGCGGGUCCCAGUGGACCCGCCUCUAACAUCAACACCCUGCUAACAGAUGUGAAGAGGACUCCUGAAAUGGUCUGCAAAGGGAUCUGUAUCGGGGAACUCACCCCCAACGAUGCUCAAGGUCACAGAAGGGAGUGUCCCAGCAGCUCCAUCAGCAGACCAGAGCUCCCCGAGGGCCCGGAGGUCCAGGCAGGCUGCUCCGACAGAGACAACUCCUCCGAUGAACUCAACAGCAAGUUCCGCUCUCAGUGCCUCCACUCGUCCUCGUCAUCCUCAUCUUCAUCCUCCGCUUACGAAAUGGCACACGGGCCGAGUUCUCCGGAGUCGCCCGUCAGAAUAACAUCCAAAAGCCCGCUGCUGUCCCGCUCGCCCUCCACCAACAACCCCUUCCCCAAUCCCGCUCAGCCUCAGCUGCACCAGUCCGGCGCCAGCAUGACGCUGCCUAAAAUCCGGACUCCGCUCACCCCCAGAGACAGCAUCCAGCUGCUCAAGAAGCACUACAGCCAGCCGCAACCCAGCCUGGACCGGCUCCAAAAUCUCAGCGUGGAGAUCGCGCUGCCGUCCUCUGCUUGCUCCACUCUGAAGAGCACGGGAACGGCCACCUCCCCUUUCUCUCAGCUCGUGGAAGAAACGGACAUCGAUGACGGGCUCCCGGAUGGCAUGGACGGCGUGGUGGAGGGCGCGCGGUCAGAGGAGCCGUCUUGGGACGGCGUCUCCUUCGUGGGUCUCGCAGAGGAGCUGGAGCGCUUGGAUCCAGAAGUUCUCAAGCCGCCAACGCCUCCCUUGCAUCGCUUCCCAUCAUGGGAAAGUCGUAUCUAUGCUGUUGCCAAGUUGGGAAUGAGAGUAUCGGAGGGAAGUCCCGGAGCCAGAGGCCCCGGACGAGGGUCCAACCUACCCCAGUAUCCUGCCACAGGUCCGUUCACCCAGCUCAUCUACAAGAAUAUCAACGUUCCGGUUUAUACCACACUGAAAGGGAAAGCCACUCAAAUCAGCAGCGUGCCGCUGCCGGAUGACGACUCCGGUUCGGAGGACGACAGCAGCUCUCUGGCCGGUUCACGCACCUCCAUCCUGAGCCCGGACAGGAAAAGCAGCGUCCCUGGGAGCCCGCGGGCCGUCAAGAGAGGCGUGUCCAUGUCCUCCAUCAGUUCGGAGAGCGACUACGCCAUUCCUCCCGACGCCUACUCCCUGGACAGCGACUACUCGGAGCCGGAGCAUAAAGUCCAGCGCACCUCCUCAUACUCCUGCGAGAGCGCCGGGCCUGAGGCGCUGGAAAAGUCCGGCUACCUGCUGAAGAUGGGCAGCCAGGUGAAAGUGUGGAAGCGCCGCUGGUUCAUCCUCAGGAACGGAGAGAUCCUCUACUACAAAUCCCCCAGCGAUGUGAUCAGGAAACCUCAGGGUCAGAUUGAGCUGAACUCUUCCUGCUGUAUAGUCCGUGGAGAAGGAGCUCAGACGUUUCAGCUGAUUACGGAGAAGAAGACCUUCUACCUGACCGCUGACUCGCCCAACAUCCUGGAGGAAUGGAUCCGCGUCCUGCAGAACCUGCUCAAGGUCCAGACCAGCAGCCCGGUUGCCGUGGAGAUGAGGGCCAAGCCCACUGUGAGAGGCUGGCUCACAAAGGUCAAGCAUGGACACUCCAAGCUGGUGUGGUGUUCCUUGGUUGGAAAGAUCUUCUACUACUACCGCAACCAGGAGGACAAGUUGCCUCUGGGUCAGCUGCAAAUCCGGGAGGCUUCGGCGCAGGAGGUCGACCGCUCCUGCGAUUCAGACGAAGACUACGAAGCGGGCGGCCGGGGCUUCCUCUCCUCCCACUACACCCUGGUGGUCCAGCCCAAGGAGCAGAGUCCUACAUACCUGCUCAUUGGCACCAAGCAGGAGAAGGAGACCUGGUUGUAUCACCUGACGGUGGCAGCCGGCAGCAGUGCCAAGUUUAAAGUGGGCACGCAGCACGAGCAGCUCAUCGGCAAGCUCCUCGAUGCAGACGGAGAACCAGACAACAACAGAAGUGCAUUUACAACCGUUGGCCAGCGUGCAGUCGAUGUAUUUGCGGAUGGCGUGAGACCCGCGGUUCUGCCUUCACAAGUGGCUCCAGUUGCAGCGAGUCUCCGGCUACGUGUUAUUUUGAAUCACGCCGUCUGGCAGCUUUUAUUCACAUCGCAGGCGCUGUUUACGACUGCAGAGGAGUGUGUGAAUUUGUGUCAGCUGUUGAGUCAUUGCAGCUUUGAAACUCAAUCUUUGUUUGUGUGCGUGUCUUUCCCAGAGUCUGUGUUGUGGAAAAGCGAGGCCUUGAGUUUCUGUAAGGAGGGUCUGCGCUCGCCUCUCACCACCCUGCCGUCUGAAGCGCUGCAGACCGAAGCCCUCAAGCUCUUCAAGUCCUGUCAGCUGUUCAUCAAUGUGCUGGUGGAGUCUCCGUCUGUGGAUUACCACACUUCGUUGGCCCAGAAUGCUUUGCAAGUGUGCCUGACCCACCCAGAGCUGCAGAAUGAAAUGUACUGCCAACUCAUCAAACAGACGAACCGCCGGACGCCGCACAACUACUCCCUCACGCAGUGUUGGCAGCUGCUGUCUCUGUGUGUGGCGCUGUUCCUGCCUCAACAGCACUUCCUCUGGUACCUGAGACAGUACCUGCAGCUCAACGCAGACCCCAGGACUGAGGUGGGGAAGUACGCCGUGUACUGUCAGAGGUCUCUGGAGCGAACGCUGCAGAAUGGAGAGCGGGAAGCCAAACCUUCAAGGAUGGAGAUAGUUUCCAUCCUGCUGAGGAACCCCUACCACCACUCGCUGCCCUUCAGCAUCCCGGUGCACUUCAUGAACAAUACCUACCAGGUUGUGGGCUUCGACGGCUCCACCACGGUGGAAGAGUUCCUCAACACGUUGAACCAGCGGAUCGGCAUGAGGAAACCCCACCUGACGGGGUUCGCCCUCUUCACCGACGACCCAUCUGGCAAAGACCUGGAGCACUGCCUGCAGCCAUCUGCCAAGAUCUGUGAUGUCAUUUCCAAGUGGGAGCAGGCACUCAAGGAGCUGCAUCCGGGAAAGAAUGAGGGGACGCGGAUUGUUCGACUUACAUACAAAAACAGGCUGUGUUUCAGAGCUCAGGUAAAAGGGGAGACGGAGCGAGAGCGACUCCUGCUGGCAUACCAGGUGAAUGAUGAAGUUCAGCGAGGCCACUUCCCCGUGAACAAAGAGCUGGCUCUGGAGGUGGCUGCGCUCAUGGCAAAGGUUGAACAUGGUGAUCUGGAGCGAGCAGGCGUCUCUUCUCCGACCGGAGCUGCUCAGCCUAAACCUCAGCAGCUUCUUCUGCAAGUCCUGGAGCGCUUCUAUCCCAAACGCUACAAGCAGGACUGCAGCUCCGAGCAGCUCAAAGAUCUUGCUGAGUGUCUGGCCACUAAGUGGUCCAUGCUUCGUGGGUGCAGUGCAUCUGAGUGCGCGAGGAUAUACCUGACCGUGGCCCGGAAAUGGCCCUUGUUCGGAGCCAAGCUCUUCAGUGCCAAGCCGGUCCCGCCAUCUCCCGUUGAGCAGAACCAGGUGUGGCUGGCGGUCAGCGAGGAUGGGCUGUGUGUGCUGGACUACACAAUGCACAUCCUGGUGACGUACUCCUACCAGUCCAUUAUUACCUUUGGCGGCUGUCGUGAUGACUUCAUGCUGGUCACCAGCCAGCAGAAGGAGCCCGGAGUUGGGAAAAAGAGUGUGGAGAAGCUGCUCUUUGCAAUGGCUAAACCAAAGAUCCUGGAGCUGACCCUCCUCACGGCCAGCUACAUCAACCACUGGAACCCCGCCGCCCCGCCCGCCCCCCAGCAGCCCCUCGGCCACUGGGACGCAGAUGGCAGGCACUUCCCGGCCAUGAACUACACCACCAACGGCCCCACUCUGCUGUGACGGACCACGGCAGCCGGGCUUCGUCCAGGAACCAUCCUGGUGGUUCGUUCUUUUAGAACAGGUUCUGAGAGGUUUGUUUAUACGAGGAUGGGCUUUCAAAAAUGACAGAUCCAAUCUCGUGAGACAAGUGUUUUAACCAUACUCUUCUUGAGUAUUACACCUUUCUUUUUUCUUCUUUUAUUAUUAUUUUAAUGUUUUUUAGUUCAGUUGAAAUUGGAGUUUUGACUGAUUUUUAGAGACAUUUUGUGCUGGGACCUCACACACGUAAAGGUACACAUUUUCAUCGGGAAUCUCACCUCGGUGUCCUUUCUUUUAAUCUGACAAAAAACACUUUGAAUUUGUUGAUGGUACUUCACAGUUUCAGAAGAGGCCAAUGUGAUAAGAACUUUAUUCUCCAGUAGUCCCAUUAAUAUUACUCUUAUUUAGGUCUAUUUCUAACAUUUUUUUCCAUUAUACUUUAGGUUCAUGUAAUUUCUUUAUUUGUUCUAUGCACCAAAUGUCUGCAACAGGCUCCCUGCAUGCAUUCAAACAACUUAAAGGCACUUUAUAUAGUAAUACCUCUUCUCACCACGUGGGGGCACAUAGCUCAGCUGUGGACCACAGUUUGUGGUAAUGAGCGGGAAAUGUCCAGCACAUCCUGCAGCAUCACUUCAGCUGCUUCUCAAUGCCGACUACAACAACUGGACAGUUGGGCCUCUGCGCUGUUGGAGCGGCAGUGAACUUGGUGGCGUCACAGUUCAGCAAGCGAGCAGACAUAUUUUUACAGGUUAACUUUUCAUGGACCACGGGCUCCUGGUGAAAGCUUUCAUGACUCGUCACUUUGUAUGAUGUGGGUUUGUUUUUAUGGUUUCAUAUUUCAACCGUGAUAUGAGUAGAAUUCUGCGGAGGAAAGAAAACGAAAACACUUAAAACAUUGAAGGAAUGUUCAACUAGACUCCAUUUUGACAACCACAAGUUUGAAGUUAGAAAAUAAUAGCAGAACUUUAAAUGUUCUCUUUCUUUCUCCUUUGAAAAAACAACAACUUUCUCCUCCACCAUCACUGCUGCUUGUUAUUACAAUGUUAAUUCUGGGAUAGUUUGCUGUUUCAAGUCUAAACCAAGCAACAACCAUCUAACUUCCAUGUGGAGCUAAGAUCCGUUGUAGUUCCCCGACUGGCCACCAGGGGCCGGCUCCAAAAGUGAAUCAAUCUCCAUUGACCUCCAUGUUAAAAUGUCCACCUUUGGAGCAAAAAAAAAACCCCAGUUUUGGUCUCAAUCAAUUGAUUACACGCCCAGGACAACUCUUGGGGGGCAGGAGAGUUAUAUAAAGCAUUACGUUUAUUUCUAAUACCAUUGAUUGACAGGUUAUUACGUCCUCAUCCAUUAAUGUCAUGCUAAUGCGCUUAGCGAAGCAACUGGCCAUUUGUAUCAACCUGGUGUCGGCAAAUCGCUAGUCGUUUUUUGAUUUCGCCAACGGUACAUUCUGCUGUGAGUGUCUGCAGCUCUGCGGAUAUUUCAGCGAUGUUCAACUGACGGAGCUAAGAGCCAAAGCUAACUUUGAUUGACAUGUAGUCUGCGUGUUCUCUUCGUCUCUCAAACAACAUGGCUGCGCCCCGUACAGUCUUUACAAACUAAUGAGUCGUGACCGAAUGCUGUUUUCUACAGUCAAUAACUAUUAAGUACUAUCAAUAUAUCCCACAAUGCAUCAUGAAUAGUAGUGUACAACCGAUUGCCAAUAGUCACAUCCGUACCAUCAUGCACUGUGCUCCAGCAAGUGAAACAACAGAAAACAGAAAUGAACAGAGACCAGAGAUAAAUGAUUUCAUGUAGAUGCAUAUCAGUGUAACUCAAUGGCAACAAGCGGCAGUUUUGGACACAUCCUAAAAGUGUCACCGCAGGAUUCAUUACUAGUUUGAAAAUGGGCGGAGCUAUAACAAAUCUGGCGUUUACUGUUAUACUUAGAUCUAGAUCCAUGCUUGAUUUUUAACACAUAUUGAAAAAAAUGUUUAUGCCACUGGAGGAGAACUUUGUUGCAUCUUAGUCCGGGAGUUAACAAAUGAACGUUCUUGUGAUGUACUGCCCCAUGUGGUCAGAAGUGUUAUUACUACAUAGAGUGGUUUUAAAAGCUAAACGUAAUUGAAUUCAACACACAUACACAAAAUCAUUCUUAGGCACCCGGAACCAUCAUUGUAUGUGUUCAUUUAAAGAUUUGUUUUCUGUUUUCAAAACAACAUGGCUUUGUCAUAAAAUAAAGGACAAACUCUCCUUUUAUUUUAUUUUUUUACAGAUUAUAUUUGCUUACUUGUUAGCUCAGAGCUGAUGUUUCACCAGUUCUGAUCUGCUGGAUGAUAAAGGUUUUUAGUGAUGUACUUUAUGAAUGCAAUAUCUGUGAACAUUUUCCAGUGGUCCAUUUAAAACACACACACACAUAUAUAUACAUGUACAUGUAUGUAUGUGUAAAUAAAUAUAUAUAUAUAUAUAUAUAUAUAUAUAUAUAUAUAUAUAUAUAUAUAUAUAUAUAUGAUGUAGGACAUCCAGUUUGUUCAUCUGCGUUUUUAACGAUCACCAGUUUUUAAAUAAAAGCUACAUAUUUGAAUGACUUGAACUGCUUUGGAUAAACCACUGUGUUUAUAUGAUUUAUUUAUUGUCUCUAACAGUUUCAGGAUUUUGCAUAAAAAGGAGUAGUUUUCCAUAACUGUCAUAGUUUUUUUUUUCUUUUUUUUCAUGGAAAAACUUCCUUUUUUUGUCAGUUUAUUUGAUAAUUUAAGAUGUUUGGCUGCUGUGCUAGAAUGUGCUAUGAAUGAUAAAACGACGUGUACGUGUGCUCGUAAAAUAAAUGGUACAAACCAACCUUUUCUAA